ACUCGAACUCGGCUCCGUCCUGGUGGGAAGGCGAGAAGGGGGCAAGCGGGGUCGCAGCCGUGCUAGCCAACCUUUCCAACGCCGAGCCCCAGGGCCAACGAGUGACGGACGAUGGGGUCAGGCUGUGUCAAGGUCACCAAGUAUUUCCUCUUCCUCUUCAAUCUGCUUUUCUUUAUCUUGGGAGGCAUCAUCCUCGGAUGCGGAGUGUGGAUCCUCGCUGACAAGACCAGUUUCAUUGCAGUGCUGCAAGCCUCCUCAGACUCCCUAAAGAUUGGAGCAUACAUCUUCAUUGGAGUUGGGGCAGUGACCAUGAUCAUGGGUUUCCUGGGCUGCAUUGGAGCAGUCAACGAGGUCCGAUGCCUCUUAGGGCUGUAUUUUACCGUACUCCUGCUGAUAUUUUUUGGCCAAGUGGCAGCCGGUACCCUCAUCUACAUGUACAGAAACACACUGAAGGAAGAGGUUGCUACCGUCAUUGGGGAUUUGAUUCAAGACUACAACCCGAAUGAUAAUGAGAACAACAGCAUUGAGGAAGCAUGGGACUAUGUGCAAGCCCAGGCACAUUGCUGCGGUUGGUCCAGCUACCUGAAUUGGACUGAAAACAUUUAUCUGGAGGUUUACAAUGGGACUGCUUUUCCCUGCUCCUGCAUGAAAGACAACACAGAGACCAUGGAGAGGGGGUUCUGUUUGAUAAACAGCACCAAGCUGGAUGAUCAGGAGGCAGGGGAGAAAUUCUACAAAGAGGGCUGCAAGAGCAAGGUGCAGGAGUGGUUAGAGAAGAAUUUGGGUAUCAUCCUCGGAGUCUGCGCAGUCAUCGCUUUCAUUGAGCUUCUGGGAAUGGUUCUCUCCAUCUGCCUCUGCAGACAUGUCCACACAGAAGACUACACCAAGGUCCCCAAGUACUGAGAUUGCUGCCUCUGUCCAGCACCUGCUGUGCAGGGAGUUGGUCAUUCUGGUUUCUUAGGAGCCUGUUUCCAUCAAUUGUCAAUGUCUUGUCCCACACCUGUCCCCCCCAUUUCAUUUCUCCCACCCCCUACUGCCAAUGUUUCCGAGCCCAGGAAUCUUUGGAACUGAGCUCCUCUGUGAGUUUGGAAGGGCAGGUCUUCCAUUUCUCUUCAAUUUAUUGGGAUAUUUGUGUGGAAAUUUGUCUUCCUGUCUGGGGGAGCUGAGUGCUCUUACCCUAGUUUUCCCCUUCUCCUUUUUCCUCCCAGAUGCCACUUUGUCUUUUUCCCCCUCCCCCUGACCCCAGCCAGGAUUUCUGAUCAAGUCGAGAAGGAGUUCCCCUUAGGAUAGAGGGCAGCAUUUGAUUCAGCCAGGGUGGAGGAGACCUAGUGAUUCAGGUGGAUUGGGGCUCCCUGCACCUCUUGUUGGGUGGGGCUGAGGUCUUCCUUUCUUGGCUGAAGGAUCUGUGGGUUGCUCUUUGGUAGGGGGAAGGGGUGGAGAGAGAGAGAAGUUGGGGAAUGGGGAGGGGAAAGGAAACAUUGCAUCAGAACCUCCAGCAGGAUUUGACCACGGACUGCCACUUUAUAUAGAGAAUCAACAUUGUUUUCCAAUAUGUCUUUGUCUUGCAUUUUUAAUUUAAGCUAAGGGAGAAGAGGGGGCAAGCUGCAGCAUCACUAGCAGAGGGGAUGGCGUGGUUGCCGAGGUCAGGGGGUGGUACCUUAACCACCCACUGCAGUAGAGCCAGGGAUCUUUUCUUGGGGGGACAGAGACCCUCCAGGGAAGCCAUCUACAGGCAGCAGAACCUUGGGCUGAGUUAUUAGAAUCGUUCUUCGAAGGGUUUGGUUGAAAGAGCUGAAGGCCUUGGGGCAUUGGUAGGGCCCAGUCGACCUCCCCAAAUACACAGAGCCACCUCAGCUUUCCUGACAGUUUGUGCUAAGGUUAGAAGGAGGGGUCCGAGGGGAAAGCCCACUUCAGAGCAAGUGGGAGGAACUAGAAAUGAAAAAGUCAGUGUGGAGGAGGGGAAGGCAUUAGACCCCAGUGAAUCCUGCUCCCUCAAAGGAGCCUUUGCGCCCACCCACCCACCUGUUCCACCUCUCUACCCUGAUUGUCUGUCUGGAGGGGGAGCUGGGCCCUACCUGAGGAGUACCUGCCCUCUCCUAUUCCAUCACUGAAGCCCCGGGGAGAGGAACUUUGACUUUGAGGGAGAGGGAAGGGGGCUUUGCAUGUACAGUCUUGGAAACUAAAAUGCUAGAAGAUGCAGAGAUUACAAUAAUAAAGAUUUUUAACAAGCCCUG